CCCUCCUUCGCUCUCUUCAUAUCCCUCUACCCCUCCCCAAGUCCAACCAAAAACUGAACUAAAAAAAACAUGAAAUCCUUUGCAAUGAUUUUGGCUCUGUUUUCACUCUCCAUUUUGGCUCACCCCCACCCAAUCUCCGCCCAUAUCUUCCCCAACGCCUCCUCAAUUCCGUCGUGGCUCAACCGAACCAAAUACGCUUGGGACCAAUUCCAGAACCUCAAAGGCUGCCGCCAUGGCGAUCACCUCACCGGCCUCUCCAAUCUCAAGACAUACCUUAAUAAAUUCGGCUACAUUCCCAACUCCCCCUCCAAUUUCUCCGAUCUCUUCGACAAUGUUCUCCAAUCUGCCCUUUUAACGUAUCAGAAGAAUUUCAAUCUCAACGCCACCGGCUUCCUCGACGACCAAACCCUCGCUCAGAUUCAGCUACCCAGAUGUGGAAUCGCCGAUAUAAUCAACGGCGCUUCUUCUAUGAACUCCGGUAGCCCAGUGGCUCAUAACGCUACUCGUUUUCACUCUGUUUCUCAUUACUCUUUCUUCCCUGGCCGUCCUCGAUGGCCUGACCACCGUCGGGAUUUGACUUACGCAUUUGCGCCGGAGAAUGGUCUUACUGAUGAGGUUAAAGGGGUUUUCACUAGGGCUUUUGCUCGUUGGGCGGCUGUUACGCCGUUGACGUUCACGGCGGUGGAGUCGUUCAGAGCGGCGGAUAUCCGGAUUGGAUUCUACGCUGGCGACCAUGGCGAUGGGGAGCCGUUCGAUGGAGUUUUAGGGACUUUGGCUCAUGCGUUUUCGCCGCCGAGUGGGCAUUUUCAUUUGGACGGCGAUGAGAGCUGGGUCGUUACCGGCGACCUGAGAUCGGCUCCCGUUACGGCGAUUGACUUGGAAUCGGUAGCGGUUCAUGAAAUUGGGCAUUUAUUGGGGCUUGGCCAUUCCUCCGUUGAGGAAUCCAUUAUGUUCCCAACAAUCACAUCGAGGACGAGGAAGGUAGAUCUGGCCGUCGACGACGUCACCGGAAUUCAAGAAUUGUACGGCGCAAACCCAAACGGCAACCCGUCGCCACCGUCCAGUACGACGACGCCGCCGUCGUCGGUACAGGAGAGAGAUAUGUCCAAGGGAGGUGCUCCGAAGGUGUUGAAUUCGUGGUGGAGCCCACUGGUAGUCGCUGCCGUUGAACUUUUCUUGAUGAGACAAUAAUACCUUUGUAAUUACAUUUUUUUAAUUAUUAAUUUAUAUUAUGGUAUUUACAAUUUUAAUAAAUUUAGCGUAGCCUUAUUGGUUACAAUGAUUUGCUUAA